AUGGAUUUUGUUUUUGGUCUCCCUAGGACUCAGAGAAGUAACGAUGCAGUGUGGGUGAUUGUUGACAGACUUACUAAGUCGGCUCAUUUCCUCGCCAUUAGUAUAGGGGACUCCAUAGAAUUUUUAGCUGAACUUUAUGUUCGUGAGAUUGUCCACCUCCAUGGAGUACCAGUUAGUAUAGUAUCUGAUAGGGACCCUCGUUUUACAGCCAAGUUGUGGCAGAGUCUUCAAAGUGCCUUGGGUACUCAACUAAACUUUAGUACAGCAUACAACCUGCAGACCGACGAGCAAUCCGAACGUGUUAUCCAGAUUCUAGAAGAUAUGUUGAGGGCUUGCGCAUUAGAUUUUAAAAGGUCACGGGAGAAGCAUUUACCCCUAGUUGAAUUUGGGUAUAAUAACAGCUUCCAAGCAAGUAUUGGAAUGGCACCCUUCAAGGCAUUGUACGGGCGUCUGUGUAGAUCACCGGUAUGUUGGAUUGAGGUGGGAGAUUCACCUUUGUUAGGCCCAGAUCUAGUCCAUGAAACCACCGAGAAAAUAGCCCUCAUUCAGAAAAGGGUUUCCACACUAGUCCCACCUCAGCUAGCAGGGCUGGUCCCACCUCAGACUUCUAAACCACCGGCCAACCCGGUGGACACACCGUUCGAAUUUGAGGUCGAUCCAACCGCUCUGAAAGAGAGCAAGCACGACAAGCUGUUUAAGCGAGCUCAGGGAGUCAACUCGAUCCCAGGCAUAGAGGACGACUACACAGAUUCAGCGGUGACAUUGCUGGAUAGAUUCAAAAUGCCUUACAUAGAUCGUUUCGACGGCUCGGGUGAUCCUAUGGUCCAUUUGAGGCUGUUUUCAGAUAUUCUGCGCCCGAUGGGUUUGAUUAGAAUGCAGAAGCUAUCCCUCUUUGGUUGGAGCCUGUCGAGUAUUGCGGCCAUCUGGUUGAUGGAGAGAUUUAUCAUCCUGUUGAACCUUUAA